AUGAGUACUUAUUGCAAACUACACAGUCAUGAUCUCUACGAACCUAAACUGACAGAAUAUUUACUGUCCCCGUUAUUUUUUCUUCUUCUUCUUCUUCUUCUUCUUCUUCUUCUUCUUCUUCUUCUUCUUCCUCUCCUUCUUCUUCAAAUAUUCUUCUUCUUCUUCAAAUAUUCUUCUUCUUCUUCUUCAUCUUCUUCUUCUUCUUCAAAUAUUAUUCUUCUUCUUCUUCUUCUUCAUCUUCUUCUUCUUCUUCUUCAAAUAUUCUUCUUCUUCAAAUAUUCUUCUUCUUCUUCAUCAUCUUCUUCUUCUUCUUCAAAUAUUAUUCUUCUUCUUCUUCUUCAUCUUCUUCUUCUUCUUCUUCAAAUAUUCUUCUUCUUCAAAUAUUCUUCUUCUUCUUCUUCAUCUUCUUCUUCUUCAAAUAUUAUUCUUCUUCUUCAUCUUCUUCUUCUCCUUCUUCUUCAAAUAUUCUUCUUCUUCUUCUCCUUCUUCUUCAAAUAUUCUUCUUCUUCUUCUCCUUCUUCUUCAAAUAUUCUCCUUCUUCUUCAAAUAUUCUCCUUCUUCAAAUAUUCUUCUUCUUCUUCAAAUAUUCUUCUUCUUCUUCUUCUUCUUCUUCUUCUUCAGAUAUUCUUCUUCUCCUUCAAAUAUUUUUCUUCUUCUUCUUCUUCUUCUUCUUCAAAUCUUCUUUUGGACUUUGUUCUUUUUUCUUCUUUUCUCAUGCCACAUAUUAAUCCAUUUUCAACAUCUGCGUUUCCUCAUUCAUUUACAACUUUCUUCUUUUUCUUUCAAACAUUGUCGUUUCUACAACCCCCUCCUCUCUUCCUCUCCUUUUCUUUUUACUAUCUUCAUUUAUCACUCCAUCAUGUUCUUUUUCUACUUUCCUUUCUCCUUUUAUAUCUCUUAUGCUUUAGCAAACAUUUCUUCUCUCUUAUCCGCUAUUUCCUUCCCUCGUUUUCUUCUUCUUCUUCUUCUUCUUCUUCUUCUUCUUCUUCUUCUUCUUCUUCUUCUAUUUACAUAAUUAUUCAUCUAAAUGAGAGCAAUUCCUCUUCCACUCUAUCCAUCCAUUCGACAAUUAUUGGGUCAUUUGUUGUCAUGUCAUUCUCUCCUUACUUUCCUUUUCUCCUUAUUAUUCUCUAUUCAUCCUUCCCUUUUCAUGAGCAUUCUUCUUUAUUAAUCAUAAGUAACACUGCCAACUGCUUCUAUCUUUGUUUCUUUCUUUCUUUCUUUUGUUUUCUUCCUUUCUUUUUUGUUUGUUCGUUUCUUUUCGUUUCUUUCUUUUUCUUUGUUUCUUCUUUCUUUCUUUACUUUCAUUUCUUUCACUUUUCUUUUUUCUUCUUUUUUGCUUUCUUUCUUUUUAUGUAUUUCUUUUUUCAUUCUUUCUUUAUUUUUCAUUAUUUCUUUCUCUUUCAUUCUUUCUUUUCUUCAUUCUUUUUCCUUGCAUUCGUUCUUUUUAUUUAUUUCUUUUUUCAUUCUUUCUUUCUUUUUCAUUCUUUCUUUCUCUUUUAUUCUUUCUUUCUCUUUCAUUCUUUCUUUCUUUUUCAUUCUUUCUUUCUCUUUCAUUAUUUCUUUCUUUUUCAUUCUUUCUUUUUCAUUCUUUCUUUCUCUUUUUUCUUUCUGUCAUUCUUUCCUUUCUAA